UUUACAACAUAUAUUGCAUUUCCGUUCUAAUACUCGGAGCAGCAAGUGAAUAUUUUGUUUUGUGAGUGAUUGGGUUUCAUAUUCCUUUUUUUUGUAAUUUAUAUUUUGCUAGAGUAAAAUUAAGACAAGGAGUUGUAAAUAUCAUCGACAAGGAGAUUUAAAAAUUCAGUCCUGCUGAGUCGUCAAUAUUUUUACGGUAACAUUACAUUCUGUUAAUAUCAAUAAAUAUUCAUAAGAGAGUUCGUGUGGUUGUAAAACUAAAAUUAUUAAAAUAUGUUUGUGAUUUAUAAAUUUCUCAAGAGUGCCUAUGCCAAGAUCAUAAAUUUUAUAAUUAGCAACGAUUUUUUCAACGAAGAGAAGAUCUACGCUUAUUGAUUUUUCUUUAUUGUCAAGUAACGCCUGUUUAUGAAUUGUUAUUACGCCAUUUUGUAAAGUACGAUUCAUAUCCGUUAAUCAUUGUACGUACAUAAGUAUGUAUUUUAUGCGUGUACUAAAUAUUUUUCGAAUUCAGCUGCAAAGUAUAUGUAUAAAAUUUACAUAGGUUCGUAAUUAUCAGCGUAUGUACUUAAAAACUUGGAUUUAAGUAAUUUUCCAAAAAAAAAAAAACAUUACAUGCAAUAGCAUAAUUUUGAUUAUAUACAUAAGUAUGUAUAUGCAUGUGUCAAUAUUCGCAAAAGAAUGGCCUUACUAUCAUAGGUUGUUGGAGUCUAACUUAGGCUAAAAAUGUCCCACUGCGGGAUCUAUUUGAAAUGGGAUAUAUUGCUUAAAGAUAUAAACAAUGUUAAAAUCAUAAAUUUUGUAAAUUUGUUGAAACGACGUUAAUGGAACUAAGAAUGUGGUUUAAAAUUAAUUGGUUUACUGAAUAGUUAUUUUUUUUUUUAUAAAUUUUGUAUUAAACUGCUUCUACAAGAUAAAUGUAUUUAAUUGCAUAUUUAAAAAGAAACAUUCGAUACCUCUCGUCUUUUUAAAAUAAUUAUUUAGUUCGAAAUUUGCACUUCGAGCUUCGUAAUAGCAGAGUUUAACAAAAACAGCUACCAAAUCUUCGUCAAGUGCUAUUAACUACACAAAACAACGUUUAUAAAAAUUUAAAGAUGGGAGAUAGCCGAGGCACAAGGGUGUAUGUAGGAAACUUAACCGACAAAAUCAAAAAGGAAGAUUUAGAAGAAGAAUUCUCUAAAUACGGGAAAUUAAACAGUGUUUGGGUUGCCUUUAAUCCUCCUGGAUUUGCAUUCGUAGAAUAUGAAAACCGCAAUGAAGCUGAAAAAGCUUGUGAUAUUCUUAAUGGUACUGACCUCUUAGGUUCACAGUUGCGCGUUGAAAUUUCUAAAGGUCGUCCUAGACAAGGUAGAAGAGGUGGUGGCGGCAGGCAAGGCGGUGGUGGCGGAGGUCGUUUUGGUGAUCGUGGAAGGGAUUUUGGACGAGAUCGCCGAGGCGGUGGUAGCGGAGGUGGAGGAUUUCGUUCUGGUGGGGGUGGUGCUGGUGGAAGUUUUGGGAAUCGUAGUGGUGGUCGCCAGGGUGGUGGUGGGGGUGGUUUUGGACGUCAAGGUGGUGGUGGAGGUGGCGGAUAUGGCGGUGGCGGAGGAGGACGUGAUAGUGGUUUUGGCGGUGGUAGAAGUGGUGGAGGCGGUGGAGGUGGAUAUGGUGGCCGUGAUGGAAGUUUCAGUGCGGGAAGAGAUAGUAAUUUUAGCGGUGGACGCAGUGGUGGUGGUUUCGGUGGUCGCAGUGGUGGAGGUGGUGGUGGAAGAUUUCGAAGUAGGUCUCCGGCCGGUGGCAGGGGACGGUUUUAAAUUUUUUAAUUAAUGAAAUUAGCUUAAGAAAGUGCAGUACGUAAGAAAAAUUGUGAAUUUAAAUUGACAAAAAAAAACUUUUAUUGUAUUAAUAUUUGAACUGAAGAUAUAAACUUCUACUUCACCAGUUUACAAUUGGUUCAAAAUUUUUAAUAAAAUAUGUUUUCAAUUUCUUUACGAAAGAAGAAAAUAAAUAAAUUGGUCAACUAUA